UAUAAUUUUGAAAAUGCAUCUCAGACAUUUGAUGACCUUCCAGCAAGAUUUGGUUACAGACUUCCAGCUGAAGGUUUAAAGGGUUUUUUGAUUAACUCAAAACCGGAGAAUGCCUGUGAACCCAUAGUGCCUCCACCACUAAAAGAUAAUUCAUCUGGCACUUUCAUCGUGUUAAUUAGAAGACUUGAUUGUAAUUUUGAUGUAAAGGUUUUAAAUGCCCAGAGAGCAGGAUACAAAGCAGCCAUAGUUCACAAUGUUGACUCUGAUGACCUCAUUAGCAUGGGAUCCAACGACAUUGAUGUGCUAAAGAAAAUUGACAUUCCAUCUGUCUUUAUUGGGGAAUCAUCAGCUAAUUCCCUGAAAGAUGAAUUUACAUAUGAAAAAGGGGGCCACAUUAUCUUAGUUCCAGAAUUUAGUCUUCCUCUGGAAUACUAUCUAAUCCCCUUCCUUAUCAUAGUGGGCAUCUGUCUCAUCUUGAUAGUCAUUUUCAUGAUUACAAAAUUCGUCCAGGACAGACAUAGAGCUAGAAGAAACAGACUUCGUAAAGAUCAACUUAAGAAACUCCCCAUACAUAAAUUCAAAAAAGGAGAUGAGUAUGAUGUAUGUGCCAUUUGUUUGGAUGAAUAUGAAGACGGAGACAAGCUCAGAAUCCUUCCUUGUUCCCAUGCUUACCACUGCAAGUGUGUAGACCCCUGGCUAACUAAAACCAAAAAAACCUGUCCCGUCUGCAAGCAAAAAGUUGUUCCUUCUCAAGGCGAUUCAGACUCUGACACAGACAGUAGUCAAGAAGAAAAUGAAGUGUCAGAACAUACCCCUUUACUUAGACCUUUGGCUUCUGUCAGCACCCAGUCAUUUGGGGCUUUGUCGGAAUCCCGUUCACAUCAGAACAUGACAGAAUCUUCAGACUAUGAAGAUGAUGACAAUGAAGAUACCGACAGUAGUGAUGCAGAAAACGAAAUUAAUGCACAUAGUGUUGUGGUCCAACUGCAGCCUAAUGGUGAACGGGAUUACAACAUAGCAAAUACUGUUUGACCUUCAGAGGGUUAUUUCCUAACAAAUGUUUUGAGUAUAUAAUUUGAUUUUUUUGCUCCCUUCAGAGAUUCCUGUAGAGAUAACUUAUUUUUUAGUAUUCUACAGUUUAAUCAGAUUACUGAAACAGGUGUUUUUGAUCUGGCAUUUAUCUGCAGGAGUGUACUUCAUUUCACUGGUAACUAGUAAUAGGCUGGUGCUGUAACUCAAGCAUCAAAUCAACUCUUCUUCUGGGAUGAAAUAUAGCCAAAAUAUUUUUUAAAAAUUCCUCAGUAUAGCUUGCAAUUAAGACCAAGAUCACAGUAUGCAAAUGUUUCGUGUUUUACACACAAGGUCAGUGCUGUGGCCACGUAGCAUGAGCUAAGCCAAAUCCCAUUUGCAUAAAGUUUACCUAGAGUUGUUGAGUUGGAAUAUAUUUGUUCUGGAAUAGAUGUGUCCCCUAAAUUGCCAUCACUCAUGAGAGGUGACAAUUUAGCAUUUUUCCUUCUAUCAGCACCACAAAGAAACUCAGCUUUUUCCUUUCUAUUCCCAAGUAGUCUUAUCCUGAUUGAUAGGAAUGGUCUGUACUAGUGCAGAUUUCAUAGGGUUUUUUUUUUCCUCAAAGUUUUAAAUACUAUAUAGUGUUAUGUAUGAAUUUGAUUCAUCAGCUAAAGUAACAUGUCUCUGGACUUAACUUACUGAAUUUCAGUAUCCUUAAGGGUUUUGUGUUAUGAUCAAAGCAAAAAGAAAAUGCUGUAUAAAAAUACCAAACUUCAGCAACUGUUAAUACUCAGAUCAUAUACCUCUUAACAAAGAGCAUCUUAUGCUAAUUAGCCCUGCUAAACUAUGUAUAGAGGAAAUUGUUCAAGUAUUGGAUUUGAAAAUAAUUGCUUGUUUAACAGAACUAAUGAUGUAUUUAAACAAUGUAUUAUGAAGAGUUAUAUUAUACAUCAUUGUAACUAUGUAGAAAAUAUAGACUUAUGUAUAAUCAAAAUGCUAAGAGUUUUUAUAUGGCCUUGUAUGAAGGGAGUUUGAAUGUUAAUAAACACGUUUUCCACUUUAA